CCAUUGGGGUUAAUGAGGGGUUAAGUGUGGCCCCGACUAGAUCUGCACUCGGAUCCUCCUGACUUCAGGGCGCCCCCUAGCGGCCCUCAGCCCAGGUGUUUUUAAAAGGAACAGAUGGUUGCGUCCGCUCUGGUGAUAAAGAUCUCAGCUUUUCUGGGUGGGGCAAUGGCUUUUUGUGCUGAGAAUGAAGCUGUCGCACUAGAGCUAGAGAAUUCUAUUUCUGUCUCAAGCCUGAGCAGAGUGAUGUGUAUGCAGCAGGUGUUUAAUGCGUGUUUAUCCGUCUCCUGCGUUAACUGGAACUUACGGUACUAACUAGCCUGCAAAGGUGUACCCCUCCCCCCAGAUUUCUGGGCCGGGUUAGGCUUGAGGCGCCCAUGGACCUCUUCGGAUUUAAGUUCUUUGAAGUCUCCGCCGCAUCGCGGGCCUGAGUUUGCUCUCGCUAAAAUGAGGGGCUGCCCGGGACGGGAAGAUCAAUCAGGGACCUCUGACAAAGCGCCUACUACGCGCCAGGCCCCGCGUUAAUGCCCUUGGCUGCCCUCUCCGCCUCCACCCUCCGAUAAUCGGAGCAGCUAAUGGUAAUCUAGCGGAUCAGCGGCUGGCGAACGAUCCCCAGGGCUUUCCGUCAAGGAGACUUUGAUUUUCGAUUAGCAAAGCCCGAGGCUGGCAGCGCCGGGCGACCGAGACCGGCUGGGGCCGGAUUUGAACUUCGCGCUUCUCCAGAACCCGCGCUCUGUGGACUUUGGUGCCCCCUAGAGGCCUCUAAAGAACCUCCUCUAAACUCUCGGGCUCCCGAAGCUCUCCUGGGGAUGCUGCACCGGGCACGCCCAGCGUCCCCGGACCACGGCGCCCUCUGGUGGCCAAUUCCCUUCAGGGCGGCCUCGAAGCCAUAUGCUGCAGGAAGAAGGGGAGGGACAAGGGGAAGGAGAGGCGGGCAGGACUCAGCGGGCGGGGCCAGAUGCUAAGCAGGGGAGGGCGGAAGCAGGUUGGUUGAGGGAGGAGGAGCGUCGAGACAGACAGGAACGAAGGCGGAGCUGUGAGCCCUUGGGGGCGGGGAUUAAACCGGAAGCUUGGUCUGAGUAGGCGGAGAUGAAAAGGCGAGACCGGAAGCUGGGCGGGGCAGCGACUCCAUAGGGAAGGAAGAAGCAGGGCCGGAAGUGGGAAAGAGGGAGUGUCGGCGCUGGGCAGAAAGCUGUUAGGAAGAAGCCGGAGCGGCGGAGGGAAGGGGCGGGGGAGAGGACUGAAGGAAGGGGCGAGGCUGGAGAGCUGUCGGAGGCGGGCACCCCACUGAGGAAAGGGCUGGGGCCGGAAGCGGCCUCGGCGCGUCGGUUGUUGCCAUGGAGACCGCAAGCCCCGAGUCCCCGGCGCGCCUGGACGAGCUGAUUUCAAUGGAAUCCUUGGUCCCGCUGUCCGGGGACUUGCAGAUGGACGUGCCCAUGCCCGCUCCCGAGCACGAGAUGGACGUGGAGAGCUCCGGCGCUGGGGGCAGCGACCUGAGCCUGCCCUGGGGCGGCGGCACCUGGGAGAGCUUCCCGAAGCCAGGUUCCGAGCCCCACCUUCUGAGGCUGCGAGCCUCGUCCCUGCAGAGCCAGGACAUCUCACACCUGCUGACAAGCCUCUUCAAGAAUCUGUACACUCUGGAUGUAAUUGGAGAAGACAUUGGGAGGAACUUCAUUAAAUCCCGCGGUGGAGAAAAUGCCAGGCAUGAGAAGUUUGUAAAUGAACUGCAGAAGCUCCGCGAUGAAUACACCCAGAAGUUGGCCGACGCCGAGAUGGUGGAGCUGCACAUCAUCCAGGCCCGGGCGCGGGCCUUGGCGGAAGAAGAGCGGGUCCUCAACAACAUGAAGGCCAUGGGCUCCGGUCCCAUCCAGUUGCCUCCAGUGAAGUCUGCCUUCAGAUGGUGUGUGGACAAUGAGCUCCUCAAGAAGAACAACCUGAUCUGUCCCGAGGAUUACAUCCGUGACCCUCUGCCUUUAUCCCAUGCACCCAAAGAAGAAAGUGAACCGGAGUACUACAAGAUGACCUUUAGCUCCCAACAGCAUAUUCUAGAGCCAGAGGAAAAUCAGAAAGCGGCAGAGGCGGUCAGCAAGAAAAAGCUUCCGGCCAUCUCUUCCGACGUGUCCUUGUCUACCUUGACAAAGAGCUCCACGCCGGAAGUGAACCUCCCCACAAUAAUCAAGAAAUACCACUCACCAAAGAAUAAGAUGUGGAUGAAUCAUUUAAAUACAUCCCAGAGGGUCCAGGAGAGAGAACGUCUCAGAAAGUUUGAGAACCAGUAUAACUUUCUCAAGAACCCUCGCUUUUAUCCCCCUAACACUGUGAAUGGAGGCAAGUCCCUCAUUUUUCCGCUAAAGAAGCCAGAACUGAUGGAAGAUGAACAGAAUAUGGAGUACAGUGAGAGAAAUCUUGGUGAUGCUCCGGUGUUUCUGGCUAAGCCAGCAGUGGUUUUUUUUACUGAUUAUGUAGUUGGACCAGUUUACGAGAUUGUGCUCGACCUGCAGAACAUGACGUCCACCAGUCGGCACCUGAGAGUCCUCCCUCCUUCUACGCAGUUCUUUUCCCUUGGCUUAGGAAAGUUCCCAGGAAAAGGUGGCCUGGUGGCCCCAGGGAUGAUCUGCCAGUACACGGUCCGUUUCGCUCCCGACAGCCUUGGAGACUUUGAUGAUUUUAUUUUGGUGGAGACUCAGUCGAUCCACACGCUUCUGGUCCCCUUACAAGCCAGGAGGUCGCCGCCUAUACUGACCUUGGGUCCAGUCUUAAACUGUGGUUACUGCCUUGUUGGCGGAAUAAAAAUGACUGGGUUCGUCUGCAAGAACGUGGGACUGAGCGUGGGCAGGUUCUGCAUCAUGCCGAAGUCAUCCUGGCCACCUCCUAGUUUCAGGGCCGUUGCCACCGUUGGUUUUGUGGAGCAACCCCCAUUUGGGAUUCUGCCUGCCGUGUUUGAGCUCUUCCCAGAACAGGCUGUCUUGUUGGAGGUGUUGUUUCUUCCGACUUCCCUGGAAACUGUGGAGAGGCCUUUCAUCAUCGUGUGUGACAACUGUCAGAUCAGAGAAGUCAUCAUUUCAGGAACUGGCCAGCUGGUUGCCUUGGAACUUCUCUAUGUGUCUGGGGAAGCAAGCUAUCCCGAGCCAGGGGAGUUCACAGAUCUGACUGCUCAGCACUUCAUACGCUUCGAGUCCCAAAACAUCCAGACCACGACCUCGAAGCACCUCAUUGUAAGAAAUGCAACGCACGUGGCCCUGUCCUUUCACUGGCAGAUUAUGAAGCCCAACUUGUUGCCGCUGAUGCCAGGAGAGAGCUGGAGCUGUCAGGACAUCAAGAGCUACAUCGACUCGGAGACUGCCUUCCACAUCAGCCCUGGCAAGGGCUGCCUUCAGCCUCACUCGGACCACGAGUUCAUCCUGAGCUUUUCUCCCGAGCAGCUGAAAGAUUACCACAGCGUGGUCCAGAUUGUGCUGGAGGAGGUCCCAGACCCCAGCUGUCUAGGGAAGGAGCGGGGCUGUGAAGUUCCUUCUGCCAUCGAUGAUGUCAUUGCCCUGGAAAUCGAGGUGAAAGGCUCCGUGGAGCCCUUCCAGAUCCUCCUGGAACCCUACGCCAUCAUCAUCCCUGGAGAAAACUACAUUGGCGUAAACGUGAAGAAAGACUUCAAGAUGUGGAACAACAGCAAAUCGCCCAUCCAGUUCACGUGGGGGAAAAUCUGUGACUGCCACAUCAUUGAAGUGGAACCCUGCACCGGGACCAUAGAACCUCAUGAAAAGUGUGAGUUCGAGCUGAGUUUCACGGGGGGCGUCCCCGGGGUGACGAGCCAGGACCUGCUCUGUAAGAUCACGCGCUCGCCGCUGCCCGUGGUGCUGCACAUCGAGGCUGCCUUCAAGGGUCCCACGCUCAGCAUCGACGUCUCGGCGCUGCACCUGGGGCUCAUGCGGCUGGGGAAGAAAGCCAUCGGCUUCAUCAACGUCCAGAACACGAGCCAGCUGCCCGCCAAGUGGCGGCUGCAAGAGAGUCCCACCUGCCUGGAGGAGAGGAGGGAAAAGGCUUCUCCCUUCUGCUUUGAGCCGCCCCGGGGCCACCUUCCUCCCCUGGGGGACGCCCGGGUGACCGUUAUCUUUGAAGCCAAAUGCUGCCAGAGCCUGCAGACGGUCCUGGAGCUGCUAGUGGAGAACGGGGAGCCGAGCUACCUGCCCGUCUAUGGGGAAGUGCAGAGGCCUUACGUCUACCUGAAGUGCAGCCAGCUGCUGCUCAGCAACAUGUACUUCGGCAUCGUCACCGAGGCCCCCGUCUCGCUCUUCAACGGGACGCUGCUCCCCACCAAGUUUCACUGGGGGAAGCUGCUGGGGACUCACUCUGACCUCUGCCAGGCCGACGUCUGCCCUCCGAGCGGCAUCUUGGGCCCCAACGAGGAGAAGAAGCUGACCCUGCAGUUUACCACCUCCACUAUGGAAGAGCUGACAGACCUUGUCCUCCCGUGUCAAAUAGAAGGGAUGAAGAAAUCUCUCGUCCUGGGCAUUUCGGGGAAGGCCAAGGGGCUGGAUGUGACCAUCUCGAUCCCCCAAAGCAGUGGCAUUUCUCAGGAUCUCCUCUUGGACUUCGGCUCAGAUGUUCCAUUGCGAUAUCUUCUGAAGAAUCAGCUGGUCCUGAUCAACAAGUCGGCAAUAGAAGCGCCCUUUUCCUUGGAAUUCGAUUAUUUUGGGGUCACUGAAGAGAUGUGGGACAAAAAGCCAAAGCUCCCUGAUGUGCCCCCUGCUAUGAGACACACAGCGAGGACUAUGAAGCACCUGGCCAGGAGGGACCUGCUAGACUCCAUAGACACUCUCUUGUCCCAUGGGAAAGGCGCCGCCUUCUUUCCCCACACCUCCCGAGGGACGCUGGGGGCCUUCCAGAAGCUGACCAUUGACAUCGCGGCCUGCAGCAACAUGUGGGGAGACUACUACGACUGGCUCAUCUGCAAGGUGGGAGACCUGCCGCCAACCACGAUCCAAGUGCACAUGGGUGUGGUGGGCUGCCCCAUCACGCUGUUCCGGACCAGCCGCCUGGCUGAUGAGCCUCCCCAGGACCAGGUCAUCAGGUUUGGCACUCAGAUCUCUGGAGGAGACACCGUCUCCCGCACUCUCCGCCUGAAUAACACCAGUCCUUAUGACAUCAGGCUCGACUGGGAGAUCUACCAGCCGGAGGCCAACGAGGACAAGCUGGUGGACUUCCUGGCGGUGUACGGGAAGGCCUUCCCCCUGAAGGACGACGCCGGCGUGGACCUGGACGCCAAGGAAGAGCCCCAGAGCGAAGCCUCCUUUGCGUCCUCGCGCCAGUCCUCCGUGUCCCUGGGCAGCUUGGCCAGCCCCGAAGCCCCAAAUGGGACCCGAAGUGAGAGUGAGGAGGAGCCCUUGGUGCUCACGCCUGAGGGGAAACCCAGGGUCAUCUCCAUGGUCCUGCGGACCCACGACGGCGUCCUCUCCGAGGAGCCCUACUCCAUCGUUCCCAAGCAGCUGGUGGUCCCGGCCGCCGGGAGCAACUUCAUCCACAUCUCCUUCACGCCCGGGGUCCUGCCGGGGUCCGUCAGCAAGAUGGUUUGUGACUACUACGCCCUGGGCUUCAUGAGCCUGGACAGCAAGGUCGCUCAGGAGAUCCCGGGCAGGGUGAAACGGGCCCAGAACUUCGACGCCGAGCUCUUCCGACUGGACCUCCGGGGCCUCGUGCGGCCGGCCUGGCUGAGCAUCGAGCAGGACUAUGAUGGAGGAAUGACCUUCCGCCUGCAGGCCAGUGACCUCAUCCCGACCAACCCGCUCCUGGGGGUGCACACCGAGAUAGUGACCACCCACCGCCUGAAGCUCAACAACUUCUCGGACGUGGCCCACUGCUUUGGGCUCCUGGUGGCCCCCCCGUUCUCCGUGACGGGGAUCAACCCCGAAUACAACCGCCAGGGCUGGGAGGGGGAGGAGGAGGAGGAGGACGAGCUGGCCGGGGAUCGGUUCGUGCUGAACCCCCUGCAGAACAUGCUGAUCGAGGUGUCCUUCACCCUGUCCCUGGAGCUGCUGACCUAUCAGAAGCUGCCCUCGGACCAGAUGCUGCCAGGGGUGAAGAUCCUGCAGGAGCGGGACGGGGCCCGGAGGAUGGAGUUCACCCAGGACCUGGUGCUGGAGUACAGCAACGGGACCGUGCAGGUGGUGCCCCUCCUGGCCAUCGUGACCAUCCCGUCCCUGCAGCUCUCCACCAGCUGGGUGGACUUUGGGAUCUGCGUGGUGAGCGAGACGCACACGCGAGAGAUCGAUCUCCUGAACCUGAGCGCCUGCAGGAGCUACUGGCUGGCCCUGAUAGACCAGCAGGAGCGGCACAAGGGCGUCUUCUACGUCUACCCAACCAGCGGGGUGCUGGAGGCUCGGAAGGUCAACUACCCUCCGACCUCCAUGAGCUUGUACAUCCACUUCACUCCCAGUGACAACACUGAGUUCGAGGCCAUGGUGAUGGUGGACGGCAUCCUGGGGGAGGCCUGCCUGCUGCACGUGUACGGACAGGGCUCCUACGACGAGAAGUACUAGCUGCGGGCGCCCCCCCCCCCCCCAGUCUGUGAGCAGCGCGUUACUAAUAAAGCUGAUUGCCUUG